AAAGUAACAAUUUCACGUAACUCAGAAUAACUCAGAAGUGAAUUUCAGAGAAGAAAACGAUGAGCACGGUGACGAACAAGCAGGUGAUACUGAGAGACUACGUGAGUGGGUUCCCAAAGGAAUCGGACUUUGAUAUCACCACUACCACGGUCGAGCUUAAGCUUCCAGAGGGGUCUAACUCGGUUCUUGUGAAGAAUCUAUACUUGUCAUGUGAUCCUUACAUGCGGUCUCGCAUGGGGAAGCCUGCUGCUUCUGGUAUUGCUCAAGCUUACACUCCCGGCAAGCCAAUCUUAGGGUUUGGAGUGUCAAGAGUGAUAGAAUCAGCGCAUCCAGAUUACAAAGAAGGUGACUUAAUGUGGGGAAUCGUUGGAUGGGAAGAGUACAGUGUUGUUACUCCUAUUCCUGACAUGCAUUUCAAGAUCCAGAAUACUGAUGUUCCAUUGUCCUACUACACUGGUCUUCUCGGUAUGCCUGGUAUGACAGCGUAUGCCGGAUUCUAUGAAGUCUGUUCUCCAAAGAAAGGAGAGACAGUCUAUGUGUCGGCUGCAUCUGGUGCUGUUGGCCAGCUUGUGGGACAGUUUGCUAAAAUGAUGGGUUGCUAUGUUGUUGGAAGCGCUGGAAGUAAAGAAAAGGUUGAUCUCCUCAAAAACAAGUUUGGGUUUGAUGAUGCAUUUAACUACAAGGAAGAACAAGACCUUACUGCUGCUCUGAAAAGGUGUUUUCCCAAAGGCAUUGACAUAUACUUUGAGAACGUAGGAGGCAAAAUGCUAGACGCAGUGCUCUUAAACAUGAACAUUCACGGGCGUAUCGCUGUAUGUGGAAUGAUCUCACAGUACAAUCUUGAGAACCACGAAGGAGUGCACAACCUAUCCACCAUAAUCUACAAGCGAAUCCGCAUUCAAGGCUUUGCAGUCUUUGAUUACUACGAUAAGUACUCAAAGUUCUUGGAGUUUGUGAUCCCGUGCAUCAAAGAAGGGAAGAUAGCGUACGUGGAAGAUGUAGCUGAAGGACUCGAGAAAGGUCCCGAAGCUCUUGUGGGACUCUUCCAUGGUAAGAACGUUGGGAAGCAAGUUGUUGUGAUUGCUCGUGAGUGAAAGAUAAACAUAAUGUUGGAUGGUUAAUAACAUUGUGUUUCUGGUAACAAGAUAUAAUAAGCUUCUUUUAUUAAUAUAUUAAAAAGGGGAUAUAAUAAGCUCA